CAAAGUAAUUGAUUUCUGAACGCAACGCAAUGGUGACGAAAAAUUUGUUGCUUCAUGUCACUCGGUCGGCUCUAUUUUAAUUAUUUUUCAAAACAACUCUAAUAUACUGGUGAUUCUUAUUCAUUUACACAAUCUAUUCUAAAUUAUGGAUUAUAUCGCUUCCGAAAAGGGAGACUCUACAGAAAAUUGUGAUCCCAACUCUUUAAUAUCGAAUGGCACAAAGACUGCGUUAGAAUGUAGACCAAGCACUGAGAAACCACACACGGAAGCUCCCGCCGAGAGCAGCGCAUGUACGUCGGAGUCCGUCGAGGAGGCCGAAGAAUGCGAGAUCCCUGAACAGAUCGAAUUUACCGUAGUCUUUAACAAAGUUAAACAUGACAUAACCUUUGCAUAUGAUGCGCCCGUGUUAGAUUUAAAAGCCCACUUGGAAAGAAUAUGUCAAGUGCCACAACACGCACAAAAGUUAAUAAUAAAAGGCAUGGCGCGCAACGAUCAGACACUAAGGCAAGCUGGAGUUGUCAAAGGAGGAAAGGUCAUGCUUGUUGGAUCUAAAAUGGAUGAUAUUUUAGCUGUAAAGAGUGUGCCAAAGGAAAUACUGGAAGAAAAAGCUAGUAGUGGCCAGUCAAGUAAGGAGCCUUUGUGUGCACAAAAAAUACACAGGAAAGUGUUGGACAAAGGAAUUCCUCCUGAUGCUAUGCCAGGAGUCAAGGGUGUUAAGGAGCCACUGCCACCGGUGCCUUUGAGCGGAAUGUUAAACAAACAUGGUGGCAAAGUGCGGUUGACCUUCAAGCCAGAGCAGGACCAGCUUUGGCUGGGGACAAAGGAGCGCACAGAGAAACUUGCCAUGACUUCCAUUAAAAGCAUCACAUCUGAACCUAUCAAAGAUCAUGAAGAAUAUCACAUUAUGGGUCUGCAACUAGGGCCCACUGAAGCUUCCAGGUAUUGGGUGUACUGGGUACCAGCGCAGUAUAUAGAGGCAAUAAAGGACGCUGUGCUUGGUGUGUGGCAGUUCUUCUAAUUACCCGUAAAUGUCAAACUCUCUGUCCAGUCGCUGUGUCUAUCUUCCCAUGCCACUUGGGCGGUUGCAAUAUUUUAAAAAUAUAUAUGUCCAACUCGGUACUGUGGUACCAUUUCUUUUGUGAUAUUACAAUGCCAAGUCAAUUAAAAUUGUCCAUUCAGUCUGGCAUUUAUCUGGUCAAAUGAAAUAUUAUUUAUUGCUAUUGUAAGUUUGCAUUUCAUGCAUUUGGGUUCAGUGAGCUGUACAGUGAUGCCAGUAGAUAAAUUCUUAUGAUGUGCCACUCAGUUAGCGUGCAGCGUGAGCUUAAUGUGCCUUCGAGUUUCAAACAUGAUCUCUUUACGUGAACUUUACAAUAAUCAGUCACUUUAGUGAAGGAUUGGACGGGAUAAUUGCAACCUUUCAACUGCUGUUGUUUUUUUUUUUUGUAUUGAUGUUUAGUGUUUGUAUCCAGUAAUUGUUAGUGGCUCAUGAUAUGAAAUUAUGCAGAUUACAAGCCAAUCCUUCACUGAAAAAAUUUUUGAAACUAGAAUUAGAAAUUACAAUGUUUUAAACUA